GCGUGUCCGGGUCUUUACUCACGUGCUGCAACAGCCAUGCGUCCUACGUACAGCAAGACGACAUAGCCAACAUGUUCACACGGUUCGACGCGAGCAAAUCGACCAAGGGCGCGUCCAAACUGCGGCGUGAUCUGAUCAACGCGGAGAUCGCCAACCUGCGCGACUUGCUGCCGCUGCCCCCGUCGACGCGCCAGCGCCUCUCGCAGCUGCAGCUCAUGGCGCUCGUCUGCGUCUACGUCCGCAAAGCCAACUACUUCCAGCAAGUGUUCAAGAGGCAUGACGUGGGCCUGCACCACGUACCGACGCCCAACAUCGGCUUCUCCAAGGCGCUGAGUGGCUUCCUGAUGAUGAUGACACAGAACGGGAAGCUGCUCUACAUCUCGGACAACGCGGCGGAGUACCUGGGCCACUCCAUGGAAGACCUGCUGAUCCACGGGGACAGUGUGUACGACAUCAUCGACAAGCAGGACCAGGCGGCGGUGCAGGCGGAGCUGGCCCGCCAGGCUGCCGCGCCGGGGGACGACCGCCGGCUCUUCCUCUGCCGCAUGAACGUGUCGCGCAACGCCCGCCGCCAGAUGCGCUUCGGCGACCAGAAGGUGGUGCUGGUGCAGGGGCACUACCUGUCGUUCCUGCCGCUGUGCUCUCGCAACGAGCCCGUCUUCCUGGCCACGUGUACGCCAGUCGCCAUGCCCGAGACGCGCGAGUGCGUCGUCCAGGGUGCCACCAACGUCUUCACCUCCAUCCACGCCAUGGACAUGAAGUUCAUGCACAUCGAUAAGAACGGAGAGUUCCACCUGGGGUACCCACGCGCCGAGCUGCAGGGAGCGUCGUGGUAUCAGCUGCUGCACUGGGACUGCAUGCGGGAGGCGCAGACCAAGCACCGCCUCAUCACGCAGUCGGAGCAGGACCGGUCGUGCAUCCUGCUGCUGCGGCUGCAGCGGCGCGCCGGCGACUGGCUGUGGGUGCACUGCGUGCUGCAGGUGAAGGACAGCGUCGACAGCAGCCAGCAGCCCGUCAUCGUCUGCACCAACCAGGUCCUCAGCGACCGUGAGGCGGCGGUGAUGCGCGCGAACGGCUGGCUGUACCACUACUACAUGGUGCAGAGCAAGCUGCAGUACGGCCUCGCGCUGGAGGCUCACGCCGCUUCGCGCAUGGCGGCCGCAGCCUACUACCACCACGGCGGCCCGCAGCCGCCGCCCGCGCCGGGACCACAGGUUGUGUCGCCGUACCAGCAGCCAAUUAGAGCAACGAUGGACUGGUUAUUUGGGGGCGAGAGGAAGUUGGAGAGCCCGGUGCCCGUGGACUACUCGCGACACGCCCACCACGAGCCGCCGCCCGCAGACGACGUGCACCGGCGGAAGCUGCCGCGCCUGCUGAAGCCCGUCUCGCCGGAGCUGCUGGCGGCGGCGGCGGGGCGUGCCCGCGCUCACGUCAAGGCGGCCGCCGCCGACCCGGCGGACCUCAUGGAGCAAUGGAACCCCAGCCCGCCCUGGUCCGACACGGCGCUACAGAAGGUGCCCGACAUCAGCCACCAGGAGCUGAGCCCGUACACGACGUGCACGCCGCCGACGCCGAGCGGCACCCCGGCGCACCCGUCGGCGAGCGCGUUCACGUUCGAGUGGUCGGCGGCGGGCGAGCAGUACGUGCCGAGCGUGGGGGCGGGAGCGCUUCCGCCGCUGGCCGCCGUCCCCGCGCCACCCCCUCACGAGGAGCCGCCGCCCUGGCACCAGCUGCACCAGCCGCACCAGCUGCACCACCACCGCCUCUUCCCUCUGCAGCCGCCCCCGCACCCGCAGCGGCCGGCGCACUCGCCAGACGACACGACACCCGCCAAAGCUGUUACAAUGUCUCUUGAGUCGUCUAUGGCCUAG